AUCCCUGUUUGGAAAGGUCUGUUGCUGCGUGUAGGCAUGCAUUAAUUCAUUGAAAUACUAGGCGUAGUUACACGUUUUUGUGUGUGUAUAAAUCUAUAGAUACAGUAUGUGUAUGUAUAUACAUAAAAUUGAGAGUGAGAGUAGUAUUUAAAGUGGCAGUGUCAUUAUAUUUUCCACCUGUGACUGAAGCGUCCGUUUAAGAGUGAAGGGCAAAAUUUCCUAUCUCUAUUUUUCGUCUCUCAAUAAAAUUCUCGCCCUUCUCAAACCCUAGAUUUGUAUCAGCUUAUUUAUUCCUCAUUUUUCUCGGAUAAAUCUCUCCAAUUUUUCUCCUUUUAUUAUAAAUUGGAGUAUUGGGGAUAAUGCGGGAUAAGGAUCCGCCGCCGGAGGAGUUCCGCUGCAAGCGGACGGACGGCCGUCAAUGGCGGUGCAAGCGGCGGGCGAUGGACGGGAAGACGCUCUGCGAUAUUCACUAUCUGCAGGGGAAGCACCGCCAGCAUAAGCAGAAGGUGCCGGAGUCGCUCAAGCUGGAGAGGAAUGCGGGCAAGAAGAAGCAGGAUAGUAACGGGGAAUGCAGCCGUACUAGGGUUACGAAAUUGGCCAAGAAGCCGGGGGUGGCGGCAGAGAAGAAGCGGAGGAGGGGCGUGUCAGAGGCGUUGGACGAGGCUCUGAAGCGGAUGAAGUUGAAGAGAGGCGACUUGCAUUUGGAAUUGAUCAGAGUGUUUCUGCAGAGGCAGGUGGAGAAGAAGAAGGAGCGGGAGUUGAAGGAGAGCUCCGUAGCGGAUGAGACUAGAGUGUUGCCUUGUGGAGUCAUGGCGAUUUCUCAAUCGCAUUCGAGUUUGCAGAGCAUCCGCGAAAAUGAUGGUUUGGAUGUCAAAAUAGGAGAGGAUUCUAAUGUUAAUUCGUUGCUGCAGAGGCAUUUCCGGUCGAAAAAUAUUGAACCUUUACCGAUUAGUACAAUGCAGGUCUUACCAUUGAUGGGGAAUGUGAAGACCAAGAAAAUGAAGAAAUGCCACUGGUGCAGGGAAAGUAAAUGUCGCUGCUUGAUCAAGUGUUUGACUUGCAGGAAACGUUUCUUCUGCCUCGAAUGUAUUAAAGAGAGGUAUUUUGAGAAGCAACAAGUGAAGGCAGAAUGUCCUGCCUGCCGUGGAAUUUGUGGCUGUAAGCUCUGCUUGAAACAGAAGCCUAGUACUAAUAAGGAAUCUUAUGGAGGUGGAAGGAAGUUGCGUAGGAAAGAAUUGCUUCUUUAUUUGAUCCACAUGCUUUUUCCUGUGCUGAAAAAAGUAAAUCAUGAUCAGAUCAUUGAGCUUGAGACAGAAUCUAAGGCCGCAGGAAAAGAAGAAUCUGAAAUUCAGAUUUCACGGACUAAGCUGGGUAUUAGUACAUCAUUCUGCUGCAACAAAUGCAAAACAUCAAUUGUCGACUACCACAGGACCUGCACAAAGUGUUCAUACAAUCUUUGCUUAAGUUGUUGCCGGGAGCUUUCUCAAUGUAGCUUAUCUGGAAGUUUUAUGCUCAGAAGUUGUAAGAAAAGGAAAAUCCUUUCAUCUGGUGAUGACCUAAAAUUUAAGCAGAAUAUAUCAAGGCAUAACUCUGGGCCACUCAGUCAAUCAAUUAUCUCCUCGCAAAACUGGGAAACUAGUGAAGAUGGUAGUAUCCCGUGCCCUCCUACAGAUAUCGGAGGUUGUGGUGGCAGCCUUCUUGAUCUAAGAAGUAUAUUUCCAUUUAAUUGGACUAGAGAUCUGGAAGUUAAAGCUGAAGAAAUACUGGAUGGCCAUCCCUUUCCAAGUACUGAUGCUUCUCAAUGCUGUUCGCUGUGCCAUGACUCUGGUGGAAGCAAUGGUGACCUUAAGAAGCUGCAGAAAGAACCGUCUAAGAAAAUUGGUUUUAACAACAACUAUCUCUACAGUCCGACUGUAAAGGAUCUUCAUCAAGAAACCCUUGAGCAUUUCCAGAAUCACUGGGGUAAGGGUCACCCUGUUAUAGUUCGAAAUGUGCUUAGGAGCAAUGCAAGCUUGUGUUGGGAUCCAGUUAUCAUGUUUUGUUUGUAUGUGGAGAAGAAAAGCUCAGGGUCUUGUCAUGAAGGUGGCACAAAUGCGGCAAACUGCUUGGAUUGGUGUGAGGUGGAAAUUGAUCGGAAGCGGUUAUUUAUGGGAUCACUAGAGAAGAGAACACAUGCAAGCAUACAGCAGAAAGUUCUAAAGUUCAAAGCUUGGCUUUCUUCCCAUUUGUUUCAAAAGCAUUUCCCUCUCCAUUACAAUGAGAUUUUAAGUGCUUUACCUCUUCCAGAGUACGUCAAUCCAGUGUCUGGCCUUUUGAAUGUCAGUGUGAAGUUGCCAAAGGAUUUGUCAAAGCAUGACUUAGGUCCUUGUAUCUAUUCUUCGUAUGGAGGUCCAGAAGAACUUAUGCAGGCUGAUUAUUUGUCAAAACUAUGUUAUGAAACACAUGAUACGGUGAAUAUUCUCGCUUAUGCUACAGAUGCUCCAGUGUCCCCAGAUCAGAUUGAUAAAAUUGAGAACUUGAUGAAAAAAUACAAGGCUCGAGACCACCAACUUGCACAGUCAUUUAGUAAUUCCAGUGAUCAGAAAGGCAAAUCAUCUUUGCAGAGUGAAGACACUGGUGAAUCAGGAUUGCAGGACAAUGGAGAAAAGUUAAUACCACCAGAUGGAAUUGAAAAUGUACCCUUUUACUCCAACGAUCCACUCAAAGGUCAGGCACCAUGUGUUGAAAAUGGAAAUUUGUCUGAUGACAGUGAAUAUGAUAAUGAGGAAUCAAUUCUUUGCUGUGGAAGUUUUGAAAACUCUGAAGACCUUGAUGAGAAUUUUCAAGAGGAAGAUAUAGAAAGCUCUUGUUCCAGUGAAGAUAAGCAAGGAACUGAUUGUUGUGGUGCUCAGUGGGACAUUUUUCCCCGACAAGAUGUACCAAAACUUCUGGAGUACCUUAGUAAACAUUCAAAUGAGCUCAACCCUGCACGCCACUAUCCGAAACAUGUUCAUCCUGUUCUUGAUCAGAACUUCUUCCUUGAUGCUUAUCACAAAUUGAGACUUAAAGAGGAGUAUGAUAUUCAACCAUGGACCUUUGAGCAGUGUCCUGGAGAGGCUGUCUUCAUUCCUGCUGGAUGUCCUUAUCAAAUUAGAAAGAUCAAGUCAUGUGUCAAUAUUGUGGUGGACUUCAUCUCACCCGAAAAUGCAGCUCAUUGCAUUCAAUUGAAUGAUGAGAUUCGUCUUCUUCCUACACAACACAAAGCCAAAAGGAAAGUAAUGGAGGUAGAGAAAAUGGCUCUCCAGGGUAUUAGUGCAGCCAUCGAAGAUUUGUGCAACCAUGCUGUGAACCAAAGCUGAACGUAAUCAAUAUUCCUCUGUUGCAGUAACAAGCACAGUUCUUGAAGGCAUCAUCAUGUGACGCUACCAAUAUUCGCCCUACUGAAUUGAAUCUGUGAUUAUUAUCUCGACCAAGAGGCAGAUUGAAGCAGAUGUUAUUCCAGUAGACCUAGCCUAUUUUCCUACACCUAACUUGGAUGCAUGAUAUACUUGUGCAUGUCAAUCAAGUCCACCAGUUCGAAGAUGUAUAGAACACCAAUUCAAGCUUUUUUAUUCUUUAAACGUUUUUCUAAAUAUUGAGGUACAUAAAUAAUUUCACAAUGUAGAUUAACUGAUUUUAUUCAAGAUUAGUUUAGGUAUUUGCCAGUGAAAAUUCGACACUGAUUUUAUUCAAGAUUAGCUUAGGUAUUUGCCAGUGAAAAUUCGACAGAAACUGUGAUACAUUCUUGUAACUGAGCAUUUGGUACAGAAAGAUGAAAGAAUUCUAGUAUGAAAGAAGCUGUAUGAUUUCACUA